CUUGCAAUUUCAAGAAUGAUCCCUGAAAACUUCUUGGGGACUUCAAUGCCAGGAACACAAGGGACAACCUUGCAGAUGGAAUCAAUCCAUGAGGGACUUUGAAGAUUGCAUUCAAAACUCAGAGCUCAUUAAGCUGAGAUACUCAGGAUUGCUUUACACAUGGAAAAGUAACAAUGUGGCUAGGAAGUUGGAUAGGGUGCUUAUUAAUGAGGAAUGGAAUGUCAAAUUCCCAUAUUCAGAAGUAGAACACCUUCCACUUGGAGUCUCUGAUCAUUGCCCUUCACUCAUCAAACUAGUCACAGUGGCUAGUAGAAGGAAAUCCUCUUUCAGAUUCUUCAAUUUUCUUGCUGACAGAGAGGACUUUAUCCCCACUGUAAUCCAAGUUUGGAAUGAAGGCAUACAAGGCACCUUGCAAUUCCAAAUCAGCUCCAAAUUGAAAAGGCUUAAAUCCAUCUUCAAAGAGAAAUGCAAGGAGAUUGGUGACAUCUCAAUGAGAUCCAAGGAAGCAAAGAGUGCUCUUGAAAACUGUCAAAGAGAUCUUGAUCAUGACCCUUCUGAUAUAAGGCUAAGGCAAAAGGAAAAGCUACUGAUUGCAAACUAUUUAAGAGCUGCUCAGAUUAAGGAAGGUUUCUACAAACAAAAAACAAGGGUCCAUUGGCUUAAGGAGGGGGAUCAAAACACCUCAUAUUUUUUCAAAGCUAUGAAUAACAGAAGAAAUAGGAAGAAAAAUCUUUCGUUAAAGAGGAUGGAUGGAACCACUGCUGAAAUAAAAGAGGAGAUAAAGAGGGAGGCUAUAAACUUCUUUCAACACCUAUUGAAGAAAGAUUCCCACACUGUCAAUAGAACUGAGAGACAACAGUACUUAAGCUCACUUGUUCAAAACACUAUUGCUGAAAAUCAAGCAAUUGAAAUGGUAAAGGAGGUAACAACUGAGGAAAUCAAGGAUGCAUUCUUCUCAAUUGAUAGCAUGAAGGCCCCUGGGCCAGAUGGGUUCAAUGCCUAUUUUUUUUAAGAAAG